AUGACUCGUGGCGAGCUCUUUCUUGCCAAUGAAGACCUCUUGCCCGUCGAAGAGAAGAAAAAGACUUGGACGCAUUUGAGUUUCGUAGCGUUCUGGAUUGCGGACUGUUUCAACUUGAACACCUUUACCAUUGCUGGCUCUAUGAUCAUGUCUGGCCUAACAUGGUGGCAGGCGUUUAUCUGCGUGAUUAUCGGCUACACUCUGGUGGGCCCACUUGUCGUGCUCAAUGCGCGGCCUGGUGCUGUGCAUGGCCUAACAUUCCCGGCAGUGAAUCGUACGACCUUUGGUAUCUUUGGCUCAUUAUGGCCUGUCAUCAACCGCGCCGGUAUGGCUUGCAUCUGGUGGGGUGUCCAGGCAUGGUUGGGUGGAGAGUGCGUGUAUAUCGUGCUUCGCGCCAUUUGGCCAUCGACCAUCAACAUUCCCAACAUCAUGUCGCCCGCCUCAGAGACGACGUCUGCAUACAUUCUGAGCUUUUGCAUAUACUGGAUCCUCUCGCUUCCCACCAUCUGGGUCCCGAUCCACAGACUCAAGUGGCUUUUCUACGCCAAAGCCAUCGUGGGCCCCGCGGUAGGCUUCGCCCUCUUCGGCUGGACCAUUCGUCGUGCCGGUGCCAGCAACGUGUUUAGCAAUCGCGCCGAUCAGAUCCCCAUCUCAGAUUCUGGCAAAGUGCCUCAAGUGCUCUCGGGCUCAGCUCUAGGUUGGGCGAUGCUGCGGGCCAUUUCGUCGACGUUCAACAACAUGUUCACACUGAUCGUCAAUUCGCCUGACUUUGCGUCGCGCUCCAAGACACCUGGCGCAGCUGUAUGGCCCCAGCUGAUUGCGUUGCCUGUUGGCUUUACGAUCACAUCGUUCAUCGGCAUCGGUAUUUGCCGCGCUUCAGGCUUCAUCCUGGGCGAGCAAUACUGGGACGUUUUAAAAAUCAUGGACAAUCUGCUCGUGCACGACGGCACAGCAAGCCAUACCACCCGUGCGGGCGUCGCUAUCAUUGGCUUGGGCUUUGUGUACGUCCAGUUGCUCAUGAACGUAGCGGCCAACUCCAUCUCGGCAGGCUGCGACCUCACAGCCCUUUUCCCUCGCUUCAUCAAUAUCCGCCGUGGCGGUUAUGUGGCUGCCAUCAUCGGCAUAUGUAUGAACCCAUGGACGCUCUUUACCUCCUCCAGUACAUUUACAACGUAUCUUGGCGCAUACGGUGUCCUGCUCUCGUGCAUUGCUGGGCCCAUGAUCGCCGAUUACUGGCUGGUCCGUCGUGGUCACUAUCGCAUCGCUGACUUGUACACAUUGCGAAGGGACGGGUGGUAUUGGUAUACCUUUGGCGUAAAUUGGCGUGCGUACGCUGCGUACCUUGCCGGCUUCGCCAUCAAUGCGCCAGGGUUCAUCCACACAGUCAAUGAAAAGAUCCAGGUCUCUGUCGGCAUGCAGCGCGUGUAUUACUUGUCGUGGAUUACUGGCACUGGCGUGUCUGCCCUCAUAUACGUCCUGUGCUGCUUUAUCGCGCCUCCAGCAGGUAUGAACCGCUACUUUAUGGACGUCGACGAGUCAGAGUACUUCACUGAGUAUGUUGGCGAAGAAUCACUUCAUCAGACCGACUCCUGCGAGUACAUCGAUGACAAGCCUACGACAGACAUGAUGGCCUUUUAA